AUGGCGAACGACGGUAAUGGCAGUAACGACGUUGACCCUUUACUCCAACACUUGAUUAGCCCAACACCGCCUCUAAUUUCCUCGCCGGAGCACAACGACGUCACCAUUCCGACGCCGAUGACACCAUCGGAUUUCAGAAACCGAUUACUCUUCAGUUCUCAAGGAGAAUCAUCGCUUUCUCAAAACCCUUCGCCGUCAUUCUCCGAUUCAUCAACCCUAGACUUCCUCCUUCCACCUCCGGAACACAAUUUACCCGCGCGAAAACUCAAACCGACCCAUCAUGGAUUCCACCGGUCUAAGACGGCUCCUGCUAUGGCUGCAAUCAACGAUCUAACUCACCCAGUGGAUCGCAAAACAGAGCAAUCAGAUUCGAAAUCCAUUGUAAGAAAAGCUGUUGCUUUGCUUAUUGUGUAUCUCUCUUUAGGUGUGCUUAUCUACUGGUUGACUCGAGAUAGCUACGCAGUGAUUCACACUCAUCCUGUUGUUGAUGGUUUAUACUUUUGUGUUGUAACAAUGUGUACAAUUGGGUAUGGAGAUAUCACACCUGAUAGUGUUGUUACGAAGCUGUUUUCAAUUUUGUUUGUGCUUGUUGGGUUUUGUUUCAUGGGUAUGUUACUUAGUGGGAUGGUUCAGUAUGUUCUUGAUCUUCAAGAAAAGUAUAUGUUAGUAGAAGCUGCGAGGAACAAAGGAAGGAUGAGGAUUAGGUUCAAAGUUGGAUUGGCAUUGUGUGUUUUGGUGUUAUGCGUUGGGUUUGGAGUUUUGAUUAUGCAUUUCAUUGAGAAAAUUGGGUGGUUUGAUUCGUUUUAUUUCUCGGUUAUGUCGGUUGCUACAGUUGGAUAUGGAGAUGGGGCUUUUAAGACAUUGUCCGGUAGGCUUCUUGCUGCGAUAUGGCUUCUUGUGUCUACUUUAGCUCUUGUUCUAGUGUUUUUGUUUUUGGCUGAAGCAAGAGUGGAUAAGAGGAAUAGCGAGCGAGCGAAGAGAGUGCUUGACGAAACCAUGUCUGUCUCUGAGUUCUUUGCUGCGGAUAUUGACAACGAUGGCUGCUUGAGUAAAGCAGAGUUCCUGAUAUACAAACUUAAGAAGAUGGGGAAAAUAACCGGUAUGGACAUUAUCCCGAUCACUAACCAGUUUGACAAGCUUGACCAAACCAAUAGUGGAAGGAUUACACUUCUAGAUCUAUUGGAAACCAACGCCAAAGAUUUAUCUACUACAACUUCUGUUUAG